GAACUUACUUUUGACAAAUCACAUUAGUCAACAUUAUUUGAAGUAAAGUGUUUUGUUUUUCAUUAUUUUGAAAUAUUUAUAUUCCUAGGUGUUAAUAUUUUUAGUAAACUAACAAAAUGAAAAUAAAUGCUGCGACAAAAAUUAUUGGACGCAAGGUUAUCUUAGUGCCUUACAGUAAACACCAUGUAGAAAAGUAUCAUUAUUGGAUGAAAUCUGAAGAGCUACAGAAACUAACAGCUUCUGAACCUUUAACAUUAGAAGAAGAAUAUGAAAUGCAAAAAUCUUGGAGAGAAGACGAAGAUAAAUGUACUUUUAUAGUGCUAGACAAAACAAGGUUUGAGAGAGAUGAAAACGAAUUAGAAUCCAUGAUUGGGGAUACAAAUAUAUUUAUUGUUGACCAACAUGAUAAUAUAGGUGAAAUUGAAAUUAUGAUUGCGGAAAAGUCAGCCAGGGGGAAAAGGUUUGGCUGGGAAGCAGUCAUACUCAUGAUGUUGUAUGGAAUCGAUUAUAUAAAUUUAAAAACUUAUGAAGCUAAAAUAUCUUUUGCGAAUAAAGCCAGCAUUGAAAUGUUUAAGAAAUUAAUGUUUGAAGAAUAUUCGAGAAGUGAAACAUUUCAGGAAGUAACAUUCAGAAAACAUGUGACGGACACUUGGAUUGAAUGGUUAAACUCACAAUCUAAAUAUAACAUACAAAGUUAUUAAUAUAACGGCGAUUUGUUAUGUUUUAUAAGUACAUAACAUAUUUUUGAGUUUACAAUAAUACUAACAAGUCAAAAUAAAACAUGCUCCAUCAAGAUAAGUGUUCUUAAAUAAAACCUUUUUAUUACAAAUUUUCUUGGACUAGCAAUUACAGAUUUCAGAGUUCAACUAGUGCUAACAUCUGAUAUAUUCAUAUUGAUGGAAGAAAGAUUAAGCUUUUCUCUAUACUUGUUGCCCGUCUAUAGGGUAUCAUUAACUCAUAGAAUGAAAAAAAGACCCGACUCUUUCUGCUUUGUACAGGGGUAAUUAAGUCAUUAAGGAAUGAUGUUAAUAUUUUAUGCAGUAAUGUUUGCAACCGUUGGUAUGCAUCUACUUGUAUACUGUUGUAGAGAUUUAGAG